UCUACUUUUAUUCUCAGCUCCACAUUAAAUAGUCAGAAAUAUAGAUUUUGACUGAAAAGUGGAACGUUUCUGUCUGACAUUGUUUUAUUCACAUGGGAAACUUCCUCACUAACGGAACUGGCUGCUCUCUGCCAUGCUAAAGCCCUUGUUGAAGUGCGGCUAGCAGAAAAAGCUAGUAAGCAAACUGUUCAGCAGUUAUUCGGUGAGUUAGUGUGCACUUUUGUACCGUUAGUGGCUUAAAUGGCAAGCGAUCUGAAAACGAGUUUGGUCCAAUUAUGUCAGUAUCUACAGGAUCCGCACCACGUAGCGCGAUUUCAGAAGUUUUGUGGGGUGCGGGGGACUUUCUCGCGGAACCCUGCCGUCCCAAAUGAACUGGAGUCGGCACGGUUGCUCAGUAAUGGAGCUUGCACUAACCAUUACCGCCAGGUAGAGAGUGACAACGGUACGGCAUACGGAGAGGAAAAGACGGAGAAAACUGAGGACGUCCGGCAUCGAAGAGGCACCUCCGCCGGAGGUAGCUUGAAAUGGGACGUUUGUAAGAAUGGGCCGUUGAACGGGGUAGCGAAAAGUCCGGCUGCGGGUGAUACAGAAAAAGGCCAGAGUUGUGCGAGCAGUCGUCUCUUCGCUGGAGUUAGCGACUACGGACAGUCACCACAAACCUCAUCAGAAAACCACCAAAGUAACCAUUCUGUACUGGGCAGUUUUACUAAUAAGGUACAGGUCAACGAGGACGCGAAUGUAAGUGUGAGCACGGUGAAGCCUUUGCGUAAGAACUCCCUCACCGGAGAUGCUGGGCAAGAGUUUUUAAUCGAAAACAAGUUUUUAUACUACUUGUUUACGGUGGGAACCGAGUUGGGAAAUGAACUCUUUUACAUCACCUUUUUCCCGUUCUUUAUCUGGAACGUGGACGCGUAUGUCAGUCGGCGCUUGAUCGUGGUCUGGGUUUGGGUCAUGUACCUCGGGCAGUGCACUAAAGACGUGAUCCGCUGGUCCAGGCCUGCCUCACCUCCCGUGGUCAAAGUGGAGAUGUUCUACAACUCGGAGUACAGCAUGCCCUCCACACACGCCAUGUCCGGCACAGCAAUACCUUUCUCCCUCCUCAUGCUUACCUGCGGUCGCUGGGAGUACCCUUUCAUACUGGGUCUGCUGCUGGCCCUGAGCUGGUGUGUGUUGGUGUGUUUGAGCCGAAUUUACAUGGGCAUGCAUUCUAUUCUGGAUAUCAUUGCUGGCUUCCUCUACAGCAUCCUGAUCCUGUUGGUGUUUGGCCCAGCUUUGGACCCGAUUGACAAUUUUAACCUGUCAUACCCCUAUGCUCCUCUCCUCAUUGUCUCCCUGCAUGUGGCCAUGGGCCUCUUCUCCUUCACGUUGGACACCUGGAGCACGUCACGCGGUGACACUGCCCAGAUCCUUGGCACCGGUGCGGGCGUAGCCUUAGCCUCCCACCUCAACCACCGAUUGGGCCUCAUCCCAGACCCGCCCGCCUCCCUGCUGCCUCUCCGGCCCCCGCCCCUCAGCGCCGCCCUGUUGGGCGUGGCCCUGCUGCGUUUCGGCCUGGGUGUUUUGGUGCUGCUGGCCACACGGGCGCUGAUGAAGGCACUGACCAUCCCGCUGGUGUGCCGUCUGUUCGACAUCCCGUCGGAUGACGUGCGGAAGGCCCGCCAGCACAUGGAGGUGGAAUUGCCCUACCGAUACAUCGUCUACGGUACGGUGGGGUUCAACGCCCUCUUCCUCGUGCCUAUUCUCUUCAGCUGCGUGGGCCUGUCCUGAUUGGAUGGGACAAAAACCUGUGGAGCGCUGUAUUGGAUCAGGUUCUGGUUCUGAAGUGGCCCCUGUGAUAUCACUCCUUUGGAUGGUUUUGGACGGCUUGGUCCGACAGGAGGGAGAUAACGGUCACUUAGCACAACGCUGCUAACAUUCAGAGUAUUUCUUAAAUAGUACUUUUCCGCUAUUGAACUUAUUUCUUGUGCUUUGUUUAUGUGUGGCACUGUAAACCAGAGAUUUGGCUGUUUAGAAUAAUCUUAAAAAGUUUUCAGAGAUGCAUAAUUUGUCUCACUCUGACAUCAUCUUUAUCCA